GAGCAGAGACUUGGAAACUCCGACUGCAAAUAAUAAAGAAAUUGAAAACAAUACAUUAAUAUACCGUAACACUAAAACGAGCAGGAGCGAAAGAUGAGAAAGGGGAUCCAGCCCGGCCUGGAGCAGUACCUGGUGACCGCCGGGGGUGGGGAGGGGGCGGCUGUCGUCGCCGCCGCCGCUGCAGCCUCCAUGGACAAAAGGGCACUGCUAGCCAGCCCGGGCUUCGCCGCCGCUGCCGCCGCCGCCCCGGGCGCAUACAUCCAGAUCCUCACCACGAACACUUCCACCACCUCCUGUUCCUCCUCCCUCCAAAGCGGUGCCGUUGCCGCCGGCCCCCUCUUCCCCAGUGCCCCCGGCGCGGAGCAGACCGCCGGCAGCCUUCUCUACACCACGCCGCACGGACCCUCCAGCAGAGCCGGGCUGCUGCAGCAGCCACCAGCCCUGGGACGCGGCGGCAGCGGUGGCGGCGGCGGCCCUCCGGCAAAGAGAAGGCUGGAGCUAGGAGAAAGUGGUCAUCAGUACCUCUCAGAUGGUUUAAAAACCCCCAAGGGCAAAGGAAGAGCUGCACUCCGAAGUCCAGAUAGUCCAAAAACUCCAAAAUCUCCCUCAGAAAAAACGCGGUAUGAUACGUCCCUUGGUCUGCUCACCAAGAAGUUCAUUCAGCUCCUGAGCCAAUCACCUGAUGGGGUCUUGGAUUUGAACAAGGCAGCAGAGGUGCUAAAAGUGCAAAAGAGAAGGAUCUACGAUAUCACCAACGUUCUGGAAGGCAUCCACCUCAUUAAGAAGAAGUCUAAGAACAACGUCCAGUGGAUGGGCUGCAGUCUGUCUGAGGAUGGGGGCAUGCUGGCCCAGUGUCAGGGCCUAUCCAAAGAAGUGACCGAACUCAGUCAGGAGGAGAAGAAAUUAGAUGAACUGAUCCAAAGCUGCACCCUGGACCUCAAACUGUUAACCGAGGAUUCAGAGAAUCAAAGGUUAGCCUAUGUUACAUAUCAAGAUAUUCGAAAAAUUAGUGGCCUUAAAGACCAAACUGUUAUAGUUGUGAAAGCCCCUCCAGAAACAAGACUUGAAGUGCCUGACUCAAUAGAGAGCCUACAAAUACAUUUGGCAAGUACCCAAGGACCCAUUGAGGUUUACUUGUGUCCAGAAGAGACUGAAACACACAGUCCAAUGAAAACAAACAAUCAAGACCACAAUGGGAAUAUCCCUAAACCCACUUCCAAAGACUCGGCUUCAACCAACUCAGGACAUAACGACUGCUCCAUUUCUAUGGCAAACCUUUCUCCCUUGGCCUCCCCAGCCAACCUUUUACAGCAGACUGAGGACCAAAUUCCUUCCAACCUAGAAGGACCGUUUGUGAACUUACUGCCCCCCCUUCUCCAAGAGGACUAUCUCCUGAGCCUUGGGGAGGAGGAAGGCAUCAGCGAUCUCUUUGAUGCUUAUGAUCUGGAGAAGCUCCCGCUGGUGGAAGAUUUCAUGUGUAGUUGAUUAUGCUUGUGUGACCUCUCCUUACAAACCGAUAUUUUUCUAUCAUGGAACCAGACCAUCUGUCAUGCAGUGUUGUCCCUUCCUACCUUCUUCCUCCAAGAGAGUAUCAUGAAGUAAACUACAAACUUCAGAAGAAAGCUGAUAUUUUACUGAAUUUUUUUUUUUUUAAUAAAUUGUCUAAACGCACAGUUGCAGGCUCUCUUGGGAAAGCCCUGCUUUGCCCAGGCUCCAAGAUCUCCUGGAUUGGUCAGCAAGUGAGAAAAUGUGCAAUCAGGUGUCCCUCACCCAGACUCUUCCUUCCUCCCCCGCCCCCGUCCUCCCGGAUUGGCUUGCUGUGCCUGACGGAUGGGCUGUAGAAUGGGGUGCGGCCGCCUGGCCCACUCGCAAACAGCAAUCUUCCUUAAUAGCAUUUCAAGCCGUGCCUUCUCUGCAGAAUGCAUGUCUUUGGGGUCUGCUACUAUGGAAUGGAACUGCAGCCAAUGCAAACUUGAAGUCAUGCAGAAGUAUGAAAUGAAUUUCUUCAGCUCUUAGGAAUAUUUAAAUUACUGUCAUAAUUCAGUUUAAGCUAUGGACCAUGUGUCCACUAGGAGGUCAAGGGAACCUCCGCAGCCUUUCAGAUGAAGAACCUGUUUCAGAUGUGCUUGUUGCAGAUACAGAGGACGAGCAGAGUUCUGCCACUCUGAGCUGUUGUGGAUUUUCCUGUCUCCAUAAACUCCUCCCACUCCCCAUCCCCACUGUGUUUGUGAGUCUCCAUUUGAUUUGUAGCAAAUGCCUACUUAGGAGUUCUUUGUGGAUUGUUUUUAGAUGUUUUAUUUUUUUAGCUGCCAUUUAAGCAUUCCUGUGGCACCCAUCACCAUUUCAAUUUAAUUGUUUACUUUGAAGCGGUUUUUGCAAAUUCACAUUACUUAAGCAGAGGGAGAGAACCUCUACUGAUCAGAGCAUCUAAACCUGUGUGCCCUAAGGUCUACCAGCCUCUGCAAGCAUCGUCCCAUCUUCUUCCUUUCCCAGUAGAGAGAGCUUGGAGCCAGUCAGUCCUGGGGCUCGCCAACUGGGUUGGCCCAUCAGAAAGGAGAACCAGGUCGGAUGACUACGUAGCAAUCCCAAGGAGCAGCAGGCAUGGAUCCCACCGUCCUUGGGUUGCCUGGGCCCUUGUGACCGGGGAAAGGGCUCUCUUACUCCGCACUCAGGGAGACCACUUCUCAGGAUGGGGUCAGAUGGAGAGGCCUCCAGGUAGAAAGACACCCCCAUUGUGUGAGUGGCAUUUCCUUAAGCUGGUAAGAACAAGGAGCUCCCACUGUGUCGGGGGCUAGAGUAGUUCUGGCCAGAACCCAUUCCCCUUCAUCUAUGACGGAAUGAGUAAGGGAAGUCAGGAUGCAGAAGAUGAAGGGAAAGAGUGCUGGGGCGUCUCCGCUUUACUCUUCAGGAGUGGUGGCCCACGUUGGGGACUUGAUGUCAGCUGCAAAUCCUACAGGUUAUGUCCAGAAUGGCUUUCCCGUGGGCAGGUGGCCCUGGCCAUCUCCCACUGGGAAUAUGACAUCUUAGGGCUUUCAGUCCAUUCCUUAGAUGCUAAGCACUGUGGGAAUGAGGGAGUCAGAUAAAGGAUAAACCUCAGUAGGAACAGUUAAAUUGAAAUGGCAGUGUGCCUGGCCCAGCAGCACGCACUGUAGUAGGCACUCAACUCAUACGUGUUUAACUGAAUUGAAAUAUCCCUUAGGAAAAAAAACAAAAGCAGAAACCACAAGAGCCCCAGCCAGUUUACUCUAGGUAGAUGUCCACAAUAUGCAAAGUGGUGGUGGGGUCAAGUCUGAUGACACCAGCACUUUAAACUCUCUGUGUGGGUGUGCAUGGGUGUAUGUUUGGGAAGAAAAACAAAGGUGCAGAUUAGCUUCCUUUUUCUUCUUCAGCCUCCAUCCCCGGCCUCCUCCCCUCACACACACUGGACUUGGUACAAAAUAUCAGUGUGGUCCGAGAUGAAGCGUUGGGGUGGGGGAGGCAGAGGGAGCUUUGUGUUAAGUGCCUACUGGAAAUGCACUGUGGGGUUUUUUCCUGUAUGGGAAACCAUUUAUGCCAAGCUUUCCCCCAUUUCCCAUAUUUAUCUCAUCUGGUUAGCUGCCUCUGCUUCCAGCUUUGUGUGAUUCUCUUUGCCAGCUGCACAAAGCUGAUUUUUUCCAAAGUCUGAAGACUGAACUCACCCGGCUAGGUUGUUGUGUGUUUUGUUGACUUUCUCGUUGAACCUUUUCAUAAUGUAAUGCCGUAUUUAUUAUUUUAAAAAUGAAAGGAAUACUAAUAAAUCUGAAAAGUUCCUUCAUGCAUAAGAUUUUUCCAGUUACUGGGUGUAACUGGUGUACAUUAAUUAGAUGUCCAUACUGUAUUCUGUUCACAUUAAUCAUUUUCUUUUUCGCAUAGUAUCUGGCACACAAAGUGGGUUAGUACUACAGUAUUUGUGUUACUUUAAGUACUAAGUAUGCAGGUUUCCUGGUACCAUUGAGUUGCUGCUAUUAAAGCUCACACAUGAAAUGGCUAAAAGUUACAAGUGUGCGAAUUAUGACUGCGUGAGCCUUAGAAUAUAAAAUGUAUAAAGGGCAACACAUGAGCUGUCAAACAGUGUUAGAUGUGUGUUUAUAUGUACAGAGUUGUGCAUAGCAAUCGUUUUAUUUAAGUUGAUAUGUAGUCUACUCACAUUUUCAUUAUUUAGCAAUUUUGUAUAAAAAAUAGCAAUUAAUUUGUAAACACUGCCAGAAUAUUUUCUAGCUGGUUUAUAAUUUUUUAAGAGUGUUAUUUUGUUUGUUUUUUUGUUGUGGUUCUUGUUUUCAUUUUUGUUGUAGAUCUGUAAAUAAAAUUGCAGUAUUUAAAGCUUUAGCUUUCAGGAAAAAGAAAAUAAGAACUCAGUGUGUGCAUGACAACUUGUGUGUGAGAAGGAGGGAUUUGAAGGAAGAAGCCUUGCAGAGUAAGUUGGGUGGCAAUUGUCAGGGUGUGGGAAUUUCUUUUCCUGCGGGGGUACCUGAUUUUGUAAAAAGGAAGUAUUUCUCCCCAAAGUGGGAGUAGGUAAACUACUAAUCAAUUUAGCUUUGUGUUGUAUGCUAGUUUAAAAAAGAAAAUAUGUAAUAUAAUGUAAAAAAAACAAACAAAAAAAGCUUUUAUGAUGGAUUUUGUAAAUAGAUUUGUUACAGGGUGACCUGUUCUCUAGCUGUGAUCUUACCACUUCAAAUGGGUGUAAUUUGAAUAAAUUUUGUAUGGUAAAGGAUCAAUAAAAUGAUUUUUUUUUUAUGAGUU